UUAAUUGUUACUAAUAAUGUUUAAAGACGGAUAUUUCGUUAUCCUUGUUAUAACAUUUAACAUACGGUAUGUCAAUGGACAGGGAGGUACUUUUGUGGUAAAUGAUGGGUUAGGUACAGUAAUUGAAGGAGCUAGUGGUGGUUUUGGGGGAUUUGACGGGAGCUCGAUUAUGGGUUAUGGUACCACUAUAGAGGUGAAAAUUAACUGCAGAAAUGUACCAGGACGAGGGCUGGUCUGCUCUGCUGAUUAUCCAGAUCAUUGUAAAGAACAAUGGAAUUUUCAAAACCCGUGCACACAGAACAACAUUGAUAUGAACAUAACGAAGUUCGCACACCCUUUUGAUAAAUCCAAAUUCUUGAUGUGCGGUCAGAUGGGCAAGCUUUACGUUGUUCAGUGUCCACAAUACGAGGUUUUCCAUGAGGGUUGUAGCCAAUGUAUCGGUGCAGAGGCCGGACUAACAGCAUCUUGUGAGGUUCCCCUUCCACCAACCAUCCGAAAUGUUUGCACAAGAGAAGCAAUUCUCAACAACAAGUUGUUCUUCCCGUUCCCUGGAAACCUCUCAAGGUUCAUUCACUGUGACAUCUGGGGAAAGCCUUGGGAAAGAAUAUGUACACCAGGAGAAGUGUGGAGUAAAUGGGAUGUUACGUGUGUAUUGCCACAUCUACUAAAUCCAUGUAAUCGGCCAACAACAGAUCUUACUUAUUUAUACAGUCAUCCUUGCGACCCUUCAAUCUAUCUCACUUGUGAUUUACAAGGUCGCGCACAUGAAGUUAAUUGUUUAAGAGGCGAAGCUUUUCAUGAGGAAAGCCAACGAUGUCGACCAUAUGCGGAUUUUACAGGUCAAGUGCUGAGUAGUUUUUGUGAAAAUUAUAUGUUUGGAUUUAGACAAAAUCAUGGUAAUGAAGGUUUUGCAAUUGACAAUAGUGAGACUACGAAUAUGGGCUUCCAGACUGACAAUCGUGGUUUCACUAUUGACAGAACAUCUAGAGGAAUAGGUGGUUCAAUUUCUGUAAUGCCAAAUCCUACUGGCCAAGGAUCGACUACAACAUUCGAUUUAAGGGGUGGUCAGCUUAAUAGAGAAACGAAUUUAAUUGGACAAGGUGACGGAACUGCAUCCUUUGAUAAAUCUACACAACUCCGAGGCGGCUCACUAGGAGGGCAAUUGAAUACUGAUGGACAGGGUAACUUCGGUGGAUCAUUAGACAUAAAAAGAGGCUCAGUAAGUGGUGAUAGAUCUGGUUCGAUUGGACAGGGUUCUCUGGGUCAGAGUUCCGGUACAAACUUCAUAGAUAUUCGGGGGAAAUCACUUUCUACCGAUCCUAGUACGGCCGAAUUUGUGGACAUAAGAAAUGCAGGUACAAGUGGAACAAGUGCUAACAUGAUUGAUAUUCGAGGAGUUAAGGGAAUUGGUUCAAGAGACUUGGUUGAUAUUCGUGGUGGAUCAAUCGAUGGUGGUUUGCAAACAGAUGCCUCUGGUAAAAUGAUUGAUAUAAGAGACCAAGCAACUGGAGAAAUCUCUAAGGUAGACAUUCGAGGAGUUGGAACUGACAUGUCUGGUGGUAUGGUAGAUAUCAGAAACAUGGGAUCUGGUUCCCGCGGUAAUGGUAUGGUAGACAUACGAGGCAACACAGUAUCUGGAACAAAAAAUUUGGUUGACAUACGAGGUGUGGGAAGCAGUAUCGGGGGUGAUAUGAGCGGUUCUUUCCCAACAGAUUUGUCAGGUGGUAUGUUUGAUGGUAGUGCAACAGGUUCUAGUGGCAUCAAUAUGAUUGAUAUAAGAGGGGUUGGAACAAGUAGUACAGGCGAUAUCAGCGGUUCUUCUGGAACCGGUUUGCCGGGUGAUAUGGUAGAUAUAAGAAAUCAAGGAUCAAGCGGUACCGGAAUGGUAGACAUUCGGGGCGGAUCAGCAUCUGGAACCAAUACUAUGUUAGACAUAAGAGGGGGUGGAACAGGCGGUAUGGUUGGAGAUAUUAGCAGAACGGGAACUGAUGUAUCAGGUGGUAUGAUUGAUAUACGUGGUACUGGAACUGGUUCUGGUGGUAUAGGUAUGGUUGAUAUAAGGGGAGGGUCAGCUUCUGGAGCAAAUAAUUUGGUUGACAUUAGAGGCGUUGGAACUGGUAGCAUUGGAGAUAUGGGAGGUUCUUCGGGAACAAGCUUGUCAGGUGGUAUGGUUGAUAUCAGAGAUCUAGGCUCUGGAACAAAUAAUAUGAUUGACAUUAGAGGAGUUGGUACAGGUAGUAUGGUUGGAAAUAUGGGCAGUACUGGAACUGGUUCGACAGGUGGUUUGGUAGACAUUAGAGAUGGAACUAGCUCUAGUAGCGGAGGUAUGGUAGAUAUACGAGGCGGAACAGCAUCUCAAACAAAGAAAAUGUUUGAUAUUAGAGGUGCAGGAACAGGAAAUAUUGGAGAAAUCGGUGGUUCCUCGGGCACGGAUUUGUCUGGAGGUAUGGUAGAUAUACGGGGCGGAACAGCAUCUCAAACAAAUAAAAUGCUUGAUAUUAGAGGUGCAGGAACAGGAAAUAUUGGAGAAAUCGGUGGUUCCUCGGGCACGGAUUUGUCUGGAGGUAUGGUAGAUAUAAGAAAUCAAGGUUCAAGUGGUGCCGGUAUGGUAGACAUACGAGGUGGUUCAUUAUCUGGAAAAAAUACUAAGGUUGACAUAAGAGGGGUUGGUACGAGUGGUAUCGGAGAUAUAAGCGGUUCUUUGGGAACAGAUUUGUCUGGUGGCACUGGAACUGGUUCAAGUGGUUCGAAUAUGCUAGACAUACGAGGCGGAAGAGCAUCUAAAACAAAUAAUAUGAUUGAUAUACGAGGAUUUGAAACUGGACGUCAGUUUGUAGAUAUAAGAGGAUCUGGGACGGGCGUAAACGGUAGAAUGAUGGAUAUUCGAGGCACUGGAACUGGUUCUGGGGAUGCUGGAAUGGUUGAUAUUCGUGGCGGACAAGCUUCUGGAAUGAAAAAUACAGUUGAUAUAAGAGGAAUUGGAACCGGAGGUAUGAGCAGUACGGCAACAGAUUUGUCUGGUCGUAUGGUGGAUAUUCGUGGCAGACAAAGGGCUGGGGAUAUGGUUGACAUUCGAGGUAACCCUAUUGGAACAAAUGGUCUUGGUUCUGGUUCUGGACAAGGUGUAUUAGAUGGUGGGUUGGUGGAUUUCGGCAGUCAAAAUACAAGGACAAGGAAAACAGAUAUGGUAGACAUAAGACGUUCACAAGGUGGUACCAACAACGGCAGAAUGACCGACAUUAGAGGCACAAAUUCUAGAUUAGGUGGAAUGUCGUCAUUUGACAUAAGAAAUCAGCUAGGACUUAAUGGACAGCUUGGAACAAACACGAUUGACAGAUCCGGAACCGUAAGAACUGAUACAAUAACUAUUGAAGGGUCGAUUCAAGGAGGUAGACAGGGUACUGGGACAAUGCAAGAUCUUCUGAAUACUUGGAAUCAAAUAAUUGAGACAGGUUCAUCGAGUUCAACAGGCAGACAGCAAGAAUUAAACAGACAAACUGGAUCAAAUCAAGGAGGAAAUCGUAGAAUUCUCAAUGAUAUAUUCACGGUUCACCCAUCUCGCCUUAAAAUGUAUGAUUAUUCUGACAUCCCAUUUAGUGAGCCUUGCACACAAAUUAAUCUUGACGAAGGAAGAACACAUUUCAGAUAUAGGGGACAUCCUCACAUGUUCUUACAAUGUGACACGUCUGGUAGGAUGCACAGAAUGCCUUGUUCUUCUACAGGACAAGAUUAUUUUGAUCCAUACACAAACACGUGUGUCGAUGGUCCUGUCCACGUUGACAACAGAAUCCAGUAGACUUCUUCUGAAGUUGGUAUUUGUCAUUAUCUUUAUUUGAGAUGCCUAAUGUAUGACUAGGUUUACAUAAACAUUUAGCUACUUGUGUACGUUGUUUAUUGACUUAUGAAGAGGGACAUUAGUAUGCUACAUAACAGAAAAAGAGAUUGCAUACUGAUGAGACAACAAAGUUACCUUUCCAUAAAUAACUGUUUUUUUUACAAAAAGGAAGCUAAAAUUUCAUAUCUAUGGAGACAGCAAUGAAUAUUAACAUAUUAGAGCGAUAACUAAACAAUGCAUAAACGUCGAUAGAUAAUUUAAUAUUUUUGGAAUAGAUGCAGAUGAUUUUUGAAGUAGUAAAAUCGAGUCUGUGAAUUCAUAUUUUAAUAUAUUGUAUUAUAAAGUGUUAUAUCAUCUUACGUUCCUAAUAGUUUUUUUAUUGUAAGGAAGUUGCAGCAUUUUUGUCUUUGGCUAUACCGGUUGCUGUCAGUGAUAUUUUGUUCUAGAUGAGUGUAUAUAUUUGUGCUAUUAUUUGUUAAACGAUGUCAUGUAGUAUAACAGUAAAUUUUACAUUUUCUACA